CGUGAGUGUGACCAUCAUCAGCCUCCCUGGGAACUAUCCUGUUGAUCUUUAUUGAGUGUAGUAACCUUGUGUGGCAGUGCUACACCUCAGUGAAUAGAGGGGGAGAACAAAGGACAGAAAAUAUGUGGAAGGAUAGACAGCAGAGGAUCUUGUUUGUGUCCGUCAGCUGUGGGUUGGCGCUGGUCGUAGCAGUUCUAGUGAGUGUCUUGUUCUGGCGCCUCCACACUUUUUGGUACCUAAAGAUGACUUGGGCAUGGCUCAAGGCCAAGAAAAACUGCCUUUGCCUCCUACAGUGAAAGAGAUGCAAGCUGGGUGGAAGACUUCCUGGUACCUGAGCUGGAGGAACCAAGCUCGUCUGACUGUGAGUCCCAGCUUCUCUCAGGUCUUUAAAGGAGACUUUGUGUCUCUGAGCUGUGAGGAGGACGACAGCUCUGCUGGAUGGACUCUGAGGAGAAACACCACUAGAGGACAGAGGACUCAGUGUGGAGCUGGGUGGGGAAAACCAGCUGGUUCUUCCUGUAACAUCAGCUACAUCUCCACCAAGGACAGUGGAGUUUACUGGUGUGAGUCCAGAGAGGGAGCAACCAGUAACAGCAUCAACCUCACUGUCUCUGGUGGACCAGUGAUCCUGCAGAGUCCUGUCCUCCCUGUGAUGGAGGGAGAUGACGUCACUCUGCUCUGUAAAACAAGGACCACUCCCUCCAUCCUCUCAGCUACUUUCUAUAAAGAUGGCUCCUUCAUCAGGACUGAGUCUACAGGUCACAUGACCAUCCACCAUGUUACCAGGUCUGAUGAAGGCCUCUACAAGUGUCACAUCAUCAGUCAUGGAGAGUCUCCAUCCAGCUGGAUCACUGUCACAGAGAAACCUACAACCACAGCUCCACCCACAUCUACAUCCCCACCUUGCAACAAUGCUGAGGCCACGCCCCCUCCACCAUCCUCCCUCCACCUUGUCCUCAGACUGGUCUGCCACCUGGUGGUGUUCUGUCCAUACUUCAUCUCCAUUCUCCUCAUGGUGUCUUUAUGUCGACACACUGAAGUCUUUGACAAAUAUUAACCAGAAAUAAAGGUGGCUCAUUUCACACACAGUAAUAUGUACGUUUCUUCGUUAGAUGGUGUGUUUUCCUGGAAAUACGUAAUAUAAAAUGUGGUCUUAUUUCUGUUAAUUAAAUGCGGGACCCCAUAUAUCCAA